ACUAGCUCGGCUACGUCACAGUCUUGAUUUGGGGCGAGGGCUUGCAGGAGAUUGAAUAGUGGCAGAGACGCUGUGAAUAUUGACUUUUUUUUAACCACACAACAAAAGUAUAUUACAAUACAGAACGGUUUCACGCAUAUUUGUGAGGAUAUAUCACCGGAAGAAGAUGGGUAGCUGCCUUACAGUUGGACCAAAUGAAGCCGUGGUUGUUUCUGGUGCCUGUUGUGGCUCAGAUGAGAAGACCUACAUGGUGGGGGGCUGGGCCUGGGCCUGGUGGCUCAUCACUGACAUUCAAAGGAUUACACUGGAGAUUAUGACACUCCAACCUAAGUGUGAGGAUGUUGAGACUGCUGAAGGGGUCGCCAUCACUGUCACUGGGGUGGCACAGAUCAAAGUGAUGACAGAUCAUGAUCUUUUGGCAAUUGCUUGCGAGCAGUUUUUGGGCAAAUCCGUCCCUGAAAUCAAAGGAGUGGUUUUGCAAACCUUGGAGGGACAUUUACGCUCAAUUCUAGGCACACUGACAGUGGAGCAAAUCUACCAAGACAGGGACAAGUUUGCCCAGCUGGUAAGGGAGGUGGCAGCUCCCGACGUGGGCAGGAUGGGCAUCGAGAUCCUCAGCUUCACUAUCAAGGAUGUCUAUGAUAAACUGGACUACCUGAGCUCCCUGGGGAAAACUCAGACAGCAGCAGUUCAGAGGGAUGCAGACAUCGGUGUGGCAGAGGCAGAAAGGGAUGCUGGGAUAAGAGAAGCAGAGUGCAAGAAGGAGAUGAUGGAUGUCAAGUUCCUGGCCGACACCAAGAUGGCCGACUCCAAACGAAAACUUGAACUGCAGAAGGCUGCUUUCAACCAAGAAGUCAACACCAAGAAAGCGGAAGCUCAGCUGGCCUAUGAGCUGCAGGCAGCUAAAGAACAGCAGAAGAUCAGGCUGGAGGAGAUAGAGAUUGAAGUGGUUCAGAGGAAGAAGCAGAUCACCAUUGAGGAGAAGGAGAUUGUCCGCACAGAGAAGGAGCUCAUCGCCAUGGUGAAGCGGCCUGCCGAGGCAGAGGCAUACAAGAUGCAGCAGCUGGCUGAGGGACAGAAGAUGAAGAAGGUUCUGAUAGCCCAGGCGGAGGCAGAGAAGAUCCGGAGGAUAGGCGAGGCAGAGGCCUGCUCCAUAGAGGCUAUAGGGAAGGCUGAGGCUGAGAAGAUGAGGCUGAAGGCUGAGGCCUACCAGCAGUAUGGAGAGGCAGCCAAGACUGCUCUGGUCCUGGAGGCCCUACCCAAGAUUGCAGCCAAGGUGGCGGCGCCGCUGGCCAGGACCAAUGAGAUAGUCAUCUUGAGCGGGAAGGGCAACCGUGUGACUGGGGAAGUGAAUCGCCUCCUGGCUGAACUUCCAGUGUCCGUCAACGCCCUCACUGGAAUUGACCUAUCAAAGAUCCCACUAUUGCAGGAGAUGACAUAUGCUCAGGCCUGAAAACAAUCUCUCCCUUCUACUCCGAUAUCUGUUUUAUGCACUCCCAUAGACUGCCUUCAAUACACUUGAAAUUAUACACACACACACACACACAGUGGGGAGAACAAGUAUUUGAUACACUGCCGAUUUUGCGGUUUUUCCUACUUACAAGGCAUGUAGAGGUCUGUAAUUUUUAUCAUAGAUACACUUCAAUUGUGAGAGACGGAAUCUAAAACAAAAAUCCCAACUUAAGUAAUGAAUUAGCAUUUUAUUGCAUGACAUAAGUAUUUGAUACAUCAGAAAAGCAGAACUUAAUAUUUGGUACAGAAACCUUUGUUUGCAAUUACAGAGAUCAUACGUUUCCUGUAGUGCUUGACCAGGUUUGCACACACUGCAGCAGGGAUUUUGGCCCACUCCUCCAUACAGACCUUCUCCAGAUCCUUCAGGUUUCGGGGCUGUCGCUGGGCAAUACGGACUUUCAGCUCCCUCCAAAGAUUUUCUAUUGGGUUCGGGUCUAGAGACUGGCUAGGCCACUCCAGGACCUUGAGAUGCUUCUUACGGAGCCACUCUUUAGUUGCCCUGGCUGUGUGUUUCGGGUCGUUGUCAUGCUGGAAGACCCAGCCACGACCCAUCUUCAAUGCUCUUACUGAGGGAAGGAGGUUGUUGACCAGGAUCUCGCAAUACAUGGCCCCAUCCAUCCUCCCCUCAAUACGUUGCAGUCGUCCUGUCCCCUUUGCAGAAAAGCAUCCCCAAAGAAUGAUGUUUCCACCUCCUUGGCCAUUGUGGAGAGGUUGGAGUCUUUGAGUGUGUGGACAGGUGUCUUUUAUACAGGUAACCAGUUCAAACAGGUGCAGUUAAUACAGGUAAUGAGUGGAGAACAGGAGGGCUUCUUAAAAAAAACUAACAGGUCUGUGAGAGCUGGAAUUCUUACUGGUUGGUAGGUGAUCAAAUACUUAUGUCAUGCAAUAAAAUGCUAAUUAAUUACCUAAAAAUCAUACAAUGGGUUUUUCUGGAUUGUUUUUUUAGAUUCCGUCUCUCACAGUUGAAGUGUACCUAUGAUUUAAAAAAUUACAGACCUCUACAUGCUUUGUAAGUAGGAAAUCCUGCAAAAUCUGCAGUCUAUUAAAUACUUGUUCUCCCCACUGUAUAUAUAUUUUUUUUUUAUAUGAAGUUAAUUUUUUUAAACCUCUGGUGCCUUAAUUUCUACAGGACCAGAAUAUCUGCAUGUACUGCUGCUCCUUUAUAUACUCUAUGUAUCUUUGAGUUCACUACUUUUUUAGUCAUGGAAGCCUUUUACAAUCAGUAGAUCACAUGGGAUGCAUUGUUAUCAUUUAGCAUGAACUGAGACUUUUUUUGUUUAACUAAUAUACCUCUCUAGUCUCUACCUUACCAUGUAAUUUCAGUGAACAGUUAGCUUUAAGAAGAGCAACCUCAGUGAUUUUCUUCCAAAGGUGUACUCACCUUGCCAAUUAUACACGUCAUGAUUACUGAGUCAUUAUCCAUUCUUGCUAUCACGUGAUUAUUGUAUAGGUUAUGGAAGUUACUGUACUCUAAUAUAUAUAACUUUUAAUUUAACUGAUUUCAUUUGUAUCCUUUAUGAUGAGUUAUGGGUUUUUGCAAUCAAGUGACAAUUUGUAUGAAGUGCUACAUAAAAUAAGGUGCUUACUAUCCUCAAAUUUAUUUAGGCUUCUACUACAAAACUCUGAGUAACUGGGAAUUCUUCCCACUCAACAAGCAAUCAUGUGUUUUCAUUUAAUUGUAUGUUGUAAAAAAAUAUGUUUAGUACAUUAUUCCUAACACUUUAAUUUAUAGCAACAAUAAUGGCCUUUUUUUAAACUAAUCACAUAAACCUGAUUGCCAGACCUUUAUUUCUUUGGCUACGAUGCAUGUUUCUGAAUUGGCUCAAAGUAAGUUGAAGUACUGAAUUGACUUGACUUUUGAGUUUGAGGGAGAGAUUAUGAAUUUUGUGGGAUGCUAUGAUCCAGGGUAAUUUAUUGAGAGAACUCUUUGCCCUUGAGAAGGUUCAGUAUGUGAAAUAUAUUGAAGGGUUUUUGAGUUAAAGAAGUAAAAUGGUGUUACUCAUAGCCAAAUACUAGUCAUUGCACCUUAUCAUUUUUUAUUAUACACAAGAUAUAUAUAUAUAUAUAUAUAUAUAUAUAUAUAUAUAUAUAUAUAUAUAUAUAUAUAUAUAUAUAUAUAUAUAUAAAAACAUGAGCUGGGAUAUGUUUAAGAAAUGAGUUUGUUCAUUCUGUUGAUUUCUUAAUCUCAUGUUUCAUUUGAUUAGUGUGACUUGACUAUAACAUUGACAGACACUUCUUUUGGGGGGGGGGGGGGGGGUUGCAGUUUUAUAUAGUAAUAUGUCAAUGUUAAACCAUGUAAGACAGCCUGUGCACAAUGUAAUUUUUGCUAAAGAUAACUUUGUAUAUCAUACACUUGUCAGAGAAAGAUAUCACUCCUGUUCAGACAAUGCUAUUCAAUGUAUUUAGUAAUUUCUUGUUUUUAAUGAAAUAUAACUGUGAAAAUGGGAAUAUGUGCUGUUAUACUAUUGUCCUUCCACAUUACCUCCAUGUUUAUGAUCUGUUUGUUGAGCUCAUUCCAAGACGGAUAAUCACAAUCUGAUUAUAUUGGCUUUUUUGUGGAGGUAGACUAACUUUCUUCUUGUUUAGUAUCACUAUUUACAUUAUAAUCUUUAACAAGGUGGAGAGUAGCCCUUUGUACAAGGAUAGGGAAAUGGCAGAUCUUGUUCAUUUUUAAUAUAUGUGGAUGCCAUCAUCACUGAUUUGGUGACUUGCACUAUUUAACAUAAGAUCAUAGGAAAUGGCAAACCAAGAUGGGAAAAGUCCAGCUAUCAUGUAAGUAGACAGAUUCUAACUUGCUCAGUGCUUUUUUGUAAAGAAUAUCAGAUCUCAAACAAUGUUCAAUUGGAAAAAUGUUGUCCUUUCCCCCUCCCAGACAUAUCGUAACAUUCUUUGUAAUAAGUUAACUGAAAGUUACUACUAUGAAGGACUGUGAAACUGUUAUGUUUAUUUUUUGCUGCCCUCAUUGAUUUGACUCAUUGCAGCCAAUGUACUUUUUCUAAUACUGUGAAAAUGUGUCAGUUGUGUAGCAGCUGUAAUUUUGAUUUUUGAGUUGCAUUGUGGCUUCAUGUCUAAAUGCAUUGUUCUGGCUAAGCAUACAAUUUGUAGACAAACCACUGAAGGUAUUGUAUGUUUGAUCCAGAGGUAAUUUGGAAAUGUGCUUUUGUCAUUUUUUUGUGUGAAAAUCAUCACUUUACUGUUGUGUCAAAUGUAGAGAUAAUCAUUCACAGUGCAUGGAUUUAUGCCACCAGUUUUGUGGUAAUGUAGAUGUUUUUUCUCAACAGGACACAAGUGAUCCUACAUGUGUGAAUGUUAUUCAUCUGUGACAUUAUAUAAAAUCACCAUAUCUGUCAUUCUAAUAAAAUUACAACAAAUA